AUGAAGAACCCUGGAUCGAAUAGAUCGAAAUCACCUGCACGCAAAGAAAAGCCAAAGAAAACUCCACAGAAAACUCCAAAAAAAUCCAAGAAUGAUGUGAAGAAUAAGAAAUCAGGAGCGAGUAAGAAAAGAACGGAAGAAAAGAAAAGGAAGAAAAAAGUAUCCGCAAUCCAAGAAAUGUCAGAAAAUAAAUGUGUAACAGAAGAGGAAGAUUCAUCGUCUAACGAUAAUGAGUGUGAGGAAAACGUUACCGCUAGCGAACCGCCGCCCCCAAUUCCACAAGCACUCCGAGUUCCUAGCAAGAAGAUUUUGCCUGGUGCAACAGUAGCAUCAAUAGCAGUACCUUCAUGGUACACACAACGGAUUCUUGAAGAGGAAAGACCAGAUCUGACAGGAAAAGGGGGAAAGUUCGAAAUGGAGGCUACGGAACUUGACCUACUUGACAGAUAUGUUCGUGAGCGUGCUGAGCUCCAAAUGGAAGAUCUUAUUGUAACUAAUGAUAACUAUGACGAAGACGACCGACGCUUUAUACGCUACGAAAUACAACUGAAGUAUAAUGAGGGACGUUUUUCUGCCGUCUACAUUGUUUCGAAGCAAAUCUGCCAUAACAAUAACGUGGCGGAUGCUAAUGCACUUUAUGCACUUAAGACUGGUGUUCGAAAUGGGAGUUCCACAUUUAACAUAAAAAUGAAGAGGGAACUACGAGUACUUACACAGUUGACGAAGGCUAAAGCAUCUUGGGCACCUAUCCUAGUAGACAGCGGAGCGGUUUGCGAUAUGCCAUUUAUCGUGAUGAGUCUUCUCGACAUGAAUAUUGAGAAACUCCGAGAGAUGAUUGGAGGGAAAUUCCGUCAAUCUUCCACAUUUUAUAUCGCAGGAGAAGUGUUGAAUGCGUUACAGCAAUUACACCGUAUGGGCUUCGUUCAUAGAGACGUUAAGCCCACUAACAUUUGUGUUGGAGUUGGAGGGUUGUCUUCUCGAGUUUAUCUCAUCGACUAUGGUGAGACUGUUCGAAUCGGAAAGAAAAUUAGGUAUGGAACACCAGACGGUUACACGUUACCAUUCUGGAGCAUCAAUUGUCAUCGAAGAAAAGCAGCGACUGAGAAAAGUGAUCUAGAAAGCUGGUUCUAUACGAUAGCCGAUUUGUUUACUCCUCCUAUCAUGACGUGGCGGAAUGAAUUGAGUGAACCAGACCUGAUGAAGGCAAAGGAGGAUUUCUGGGCAGAUAUUCAAGCAAACAUGGCUCAAGCUCCACCAGUACUACUCGCUGUAGCUGAAUGUGUACAAGCAAAAAAAAUUGACUAUGCAAGACUUAAGCAAUUUAUCAGGGCUGGCCUAGAACAAUGUGUCAAUUUAAAGAAGUUCACCCCCGAAUGGGUCAAAGGUGCAAGCGUUGACACUGCGCUUGCAACUUCAGUAAAAAAACGGAACAAAAAUGCUCAGAGAUCUGCGACUCCGGUUGCAGGGACUAACUAA